ACCCCAACACUGAAUGAUGAAUAAAUAAUCUGGGGCUGGUAGUUACAGGAAAAGGCUAGUCUAGUUAUUGGGUGGUGUUCUGUUUGCUCUAACCACUUCCUUGUGCAGCAGCUAGAAGCAUCUAGUCAGAGCGACAAGCUCUCGGAUCAGAGCACCCACUCAGUUGCAGGUUGAAACAAGAUGGGCGGCAUUUUUUCAACAGAGGUGAGUCUGAAAAAGCUGGAAAACGAGGAGGCAAAGAGACAGCGCGAGAGGGAAGAGAAGCAGCGAGAGCGCGAGGACCAGGAAAUAGACCGACAGCACAAGGAACGCAUGCAUCAGAGAGAGCUUGAAGACAAGGCCAAGGAAAGAGAGGUCCAGUGCCAGAUGCAAGAGAGAGAGUAUGAGGAGGCAGAGAAGAAGAGACAGCAGGAGAAGGAAGAGAAGCAGCGAGAGCGCGAGGAGGAAGAGAAGAAGAGAGAGCACGAGGACCGGGAAAGAGAGAGACAGCACAAGGAAUGCAUGCAUCAGAGAGAGCUUAAAGACAAGGCUGAGGAAAGAGAGGUCCGGCGCCAGAUGCAAGAGAGAGAGUAUGAGGAGGCAGAGAAGAAGAGGAAGCAUGAGAAGAUCAUCAUAAAGCUGCAGAACAGAAACCUGGAGUUGCGCAUUCUCCGCCUAACUGGUCUCUCAUCCAGUAAGAAUUCCCCACAAGGCCUUUUUCAAGAUGCUAUCUCAUCCACCACACGCCCCACUAUGCCUGAUACUGUUGAGAAUGGUGAUGACAGCAGUGAUGAUGAUGACGACGAUAAUUUGUAUUGAACUGUACACUGUUCUUAAUCCUUCUGAAUGGAGGAACCGUGAUUCCCAGCUGUGACGCCCGGUGUAUUGUCGCCUAACCUGCCCAGCCACCAAGCACAUAGUCCAUUUCUCCUCUCACCUUCCCCUUUGACUAAUGGAAUGCUUUUCCCACCCAGGGGUUUAUUUCUGACUUUUCCUCUUGCUUUUUUGAGUCCUAUUUAUUGGCAGUGCUAAUAAAGACAUAAGCAACA